AAAAAAUACCCGAUAAACUACAUGAAGUGCACAACAUUGGAAACAUAUGCAACUCAUAUCAAACGACUGUUUUUUUAUAUGGAAAGAGAGCAUGGUCAAUGGGAAAACAAAUACCCGAUAAACUACAUGAAGUGUGCAAUAUUGGAAACAUAUGCAACUCAUAUCAAACAAUUGUUUUAUAUGGAAAGAGAGCGUGGUCAAUGGGAAAACAAAUACCCGAUAAACUACAUGAAGUGCACAACACUGGAAACAUAUGCAACUCAUAUCAAACGAUUGUUUUAUAUGGAAAGAGAGCAUGGUCUAAGGGAAACAAAUACCCGAUAAACUACAUGAAGUGCACAACAUUGGAAACAUAUGCAACUCAUAUCAAACGAUUGUUUUAUAUGGAAAGAGAGCAUGGUCUAAGGGAAACAAAUACCCGAUAUUCUACAUGAAGUGCACAACAUUAGAAAUAUAUGCAACUCAUAUCAAACGAUUGUCUUAUAUGGAAAGAGAGCAUGGUCUAAGGGAAACAAAUACCUGAUAAACUACAUGAAGUGCACAACAUUGGAAACAUAUGCAACUCAUAUCAAACAAUUGUUUUAAAUGGAAAGAGAGCAUGGUCUAAGGGAAACAAAUACCCGAUAAACUACAUGAAGUGCACAGCAUUGGAAACAUAUGC